AUGUUUAAGAGUUUCUAUUGCAAGGCUCAGAUGGAUUUGACGUUUACAGGCGCUUUUACGGAAAAGGUUGGUUCCGUCUCUACGGAUGCCAAGAAGUUAGACACUGGCUCAAGGGAUGCAAUCAGCUCGCUCCCUCGAGAGGUUCUUGGGGACAUCUUGUCCUUAGUUCCCACCAAACUGGCUGUUUCAACAUCUGUUCUAUCGAAAAAGUGGAGGGACAUGUUUGCAUUUGCGCAUCAUCUGGAUUUCGAUGAUUCUGACUUUCUGCAACCGGAAGAGGGUAAAGAAGAGAGAGAUGAGAUCCGGGAGAGCUUCAGGACUUUUGUGGACAGAACACUCGCUGUGCAGUGCGGUUCUCCUAUCAACAAGUUCUCUCUAAAAUGUCACGUUCUCGAUGACAGCGAUAUGGCUCAUGUGAGCCGCUGGAUCUGUAAUGCCGUACAGCGUGGUGUUUCGGAAGUGGACCUAAGCUUGAACGCUCGCGUUGAAGUCUAUCUGCCUGCUAAGCUCUUCACGAGCAAGAAGCUGGUUAAGCUAACACUUGGAACACAAGUUUCUCUUGGGAAGAUUCCAACAGAUGUGUCUCUUCCAGCGCUAAAGAGUCUCUCCAUCGAUUCAGUCUUUUUCACUAUAUAUGAUCUGAGUGAUGUGCUUCUUCCUGCUUGUCCAGUGCUCGAGGAGUUGUCUAUACUUCACGGGGAUUUUGAAGGACACCCAUACUGCAUAUCGAGUCGGAGCAUCAAGAAACUAUCAGUUCGCUACUAUUGUGAGUUUUACCUUCGUGUUAUGACUGGAAUGUCAUUUGACACCCCAAGUCUCGUGUCCCUGGACUACUCCGAUCAUGCCAUGUCUGUGUACACACCACUUAACUUGGAGUCCCUAGUCGAAGCUAGGCUGGAUAUUUGUUAUUCUCCAAAGAGAGAGCCAGAUGUAUCGGCUCUCCUUAUAGGGAUGAGCAACGUGGAGACCCUGCAUCUCUCUCCCGCUUCUGCUGAUGUGAUUUCUCGAUGUGUUAAUCAAGGGCUUACUCUACCGGUGUUCAACAAUCUGGUUAACUUGUCUUUUGGGAGUGACAGUGAGCGAGGUUUGAAACUGCUGCUGCCAUAUCUGCUUAAGCAGUCUCCAAAGCUUGAAACUCUAAUCAUCCAGGGUCUGGAUGUUGGUUACACAGGAGAUGUUGUUAAGUCUAUUGGUCCGUCGAAAGUGAAAGUGUUGCAUGUUCUUGGCUUUGGAGGAACUGCUAAAGAGUGGGAACACGUGAAGAGAAAACUCUAG